AUGUCAAUACAAACUACAACUACUUCAGCAACACCCACUUCAACAAAUGAAAAUAAUACCACCAUGUCUCAACAACAAAUAAUUAAUAACAUACCCCCAUCUGGAUCUAAAGUUAAAACACCUUUAAAAAAGGAAGAAUUAGAACAAAUAGCUCGUCAAUUAAAGAAAAAAUUAUCAAAAGCUAGUAUAACUGCAAAGCAACUGUUAUCACCAACAAAUUUAAAAUCUUCAGCAAUAAGUCAUCAUCAUCAUCAACAGCAACAGCAACAACAGCAACAACAACAUCAACGAUAUAAUCAAAAUUCAUCAUCAUCUUUACCAAAAUCUUCACCUUUAAAAAAUUAUUUACAACAUUCAAUAAAUAAAUCAAAUAAGAAUUCACCCACAAAUAAUCAUCAUCAAUAUAUGAAUAAUAGCAUUGUUGAUUCAUCAACAUUUUCGUUAUCUUCAUCACCAAAUAAUUUUUAUUCUCCACAAGGUAAAUCUCCAACUCAUAUAAGAACUCCUGCUCAACAUUAUCUUCUGUCUUCACCUUUAAAAAAUAUAGCAAAUAAUAAUAAUAACAAUAAUCAAGAUAAUAAUGAUUCAGAUGAAAAUUUAAAUGAUUCACCUACAAAGAGAAGGAAAACUAGUUCACCACAGAAAUUAAUAUUAACACAAAUGACCCCACCUUCAUCAACUGGUGGUGGAAACCACAAUAGUUAUAGAAAUGAAAAUAUUCAAACUUUGAAACCUUCAUUAGAAAUGACUUCAAAUUCAAAUAAUCAAUCAACAACAACACCCAAACAAAAAGAAGCAAAAGCAAAAGAAAUAGAAAUUGAAAGACAAAUUGAAUUAGAUGUUGCUAAAACUCCUGCUCCAACUGAUACUGAAGGUGCUGAUUUAUUAAUAUAUUUAGCUACUUCUCCAAGUCCUGCAAAAGCUUAUAAACCAAAAAUUUCUUUCAAUACAGCUCCAACACCAGCACCAGUACAACCAUCAUCUCAUGCUCCAUCAUCUCAACCAAAUUCACAACCACAAUCGAAUACAACCUCAAACGCAUCAUCAACAACAAAUUCAACAUCUUCAUCAUCACAAUUCAUAGCUCCAGUCCCACCAGUAACUCCAAAAAGAAUAUCAAAUCAAAGAGAUCACCUAUCAUCAACUAUUACUCGAACUCCACAAAAUAGAUUAACUCCAUUUUUCAACAAUUUAAAUUCAAAUAAUAAUGGAUUACCAAGUUCAGGAUUAACUUUGACCCCCACGGGUUUUAAUAUGAAUGAUUAUGUUAAUUUUUUUACCCCAUCUCCUGGAAAUUUUAAUUUAAAUAAAGCUAAUGCUGCUAAUAAUUUAUUGAAGACUCCUGAUUUUAAUCAUAUUAUGAAUCAACAUCAUCAUUUGAAUCAUCAUGGUCAUCAUAAUUUGAAUAAUAAUAAUAGUGGUGGUGGUAAUCCUCCUGGCAAAUAA